GUUGAUGAAGAUCACUUGCGUAUUAGCUUCAAUACGCAACGCAUCUCAAACAGUGUCUUGUGUUGUUUACCGUGGUUGUUGUCUUGUGGGCAAGAACUUAGCCGUGUAUCUCGCGUCCCAUUCAACAUGAAGUGGUCUACGUCGUUGCUGGGAUUACUGUCCUUCAUUGCCGUUGUGGUAAAUGGAGCGGAAAAUCCUCGCAUAAUCAUUGUUGGUGCUGGUGCUGCCGGUAUUGCCGCCGCUAGCCGUCUCUAUCAACGUGGUUUCCGUAAUAUUAUCAUUUUGGAAGCAUCGCAACGCUUCGGUGGACGUAUUUACACUACACCGUUCGGUCCUGGUAUUGUGGAAUUGGGUGCCCAAUGGUGCCACGGUGAGGUCGGCAAUGUGGUAUACCAGUUGGCAUCGGUAUAUCCGGGACUGCUCAAGUCAUCCAUCAUUGCGGAUGAAGAUGCCGUUCUGAUCCGUUCUAGUGGUGCAAGGGUGCCGGAAGCUGUGGCAGACCGUUUGCAAACUAUGGCGGAAGGAAUCAUCGAGUCGGAUCAGCGUGACUCGUUCGCUGGGAGCUUGGGUGACUUCUUCACACAAAAGUACUGGCAAACUUUGGCAACACCUGCGUACAAAGAUAUUAGUCGGGAUCUUGCGGAACAGUUCCUCGUGUACUAUCACAACUAUGAGCGUGGCUAUACGGCAUACGACUCGUGGUUUGAAGUGGCAGCGAGCGAAACUGACAGUUAUGUAGAGCCGGCCGGCAACCAGGAUAUUGCGUGGAAUGGAAAGAAAGGAUUCUCCACCAUCCUGGACAUUGUUUCGGGUAAUUAUCCAGGUUCGACCAAUACAUCUCUUACUCCAGUGCCGAUCAACAGCCUUGUCAAGUACGGCAAGUUCGUAUCCAACAUCCAGUGGAAGGGAUCGCCGGAAGGAGAUGUCAUCGUCAAGACACAAGAUGGCACUAUCUACGAAGCCGAUCAUGUCAUCGUAACUGUUUCUUUGGGUGUUCUGAAGGAAAACUCAGCCACAAUGUUCUCGCCAGCACUACCUACCGUCAACCAGCAAGCCAUCACUGGACUCUACUUUGGCACGGUAAACAAGAUAUUCCUCCUGUUCGAUGCACCCAUUCCGGAGGACUUCCCCAACACCGUACAUCUGCUCUGGUACAAGUCGGAUCUUACCGCACUGCGCCAAUCGCCCCACGCCUGGGCCGAAGCGAUUUCAACCUUCUUCCGUAUCGACAACCAACCCAAUGUACUGAUGGCCUGGAUGAAUGGUGCCGAGGGACGGCGGGCUGAAUCUUUGGAUGAUGCUACAAUUAGGAAUGGCAUACUGCAUCUGUUGAAAAUAUUUGGCAACGGCCUUGACUUUGGCAACAUUACGGGUCUGUUAAGAUCCAAGUGGUCAUCGGAUAGUCUUUUCCGUGGUUCUUACUCGAGCCGCUCGAUCACGACGGAGAACUUGAAUACGGGCGCACGUGCUCUCGGAACACCGGUACGAAACGCGGCCAACGAGCCCGUGCUGCUGUUUGCCGGCGAAGCUACGAAUCCGGUACACUAUUCCACCGUUCAUGGUGCGAUCGAUAGUGGAUUCCGUGAGGCCAACCGUUUGAUUAACUACUACAGUUAAGACGAUAGUGAUGUUGAUGCCGAACUGAAAUGCAAAAGAAGUUAGCAUACCAAUAAAUUCACCAACAGCAAAGAA